AAAGUAGACUAAAUAUCAACAUACUAAAUAUCAACAUACUCUCUCUCUCUCUCUCUCUCUCUCUCUCAAGACACAGGCUCGGAGAUGGAGGAUGCACAAGACAAGCCUCAUGCAAUCAUGGUACCCUGCCCUCUCCAAGGACAUGUCGUCCCUUUUGUUCAUCUUGCAACAAAGCUAGCAUCCAAUGGCUUCACCAUUACCUUCAUCAACACAGAAAAAAUCCACCUUCAGAUCACGAAAUCUGCUCCUACCAAUACCACCCAAGACGAUAUCUUCACUGAAGCUCGUAAAUCUGGCCUAGACAUACACUAUGCAACCAUAAAUGAUGGAUUUCCUUUAGGGUUUGACAGAUUUCUCAACUCAGAGCAAUACAUGGAGGGCCUUAUACAUGUCUUCCCAGCUCAUGUUGAUAAUUUUGUUGGAAAGUUAGUGCUCAAAAAUCCACAAGUCACUUGCUUAAUCGCGGACACUUUCUUUGUGUGGCCAUCAAUGAUUGCUAACAAGUAUAAUCUUGUUAAUGUUUCAUUUUGGACUGAACCAGCUAUGGUUUUCACUAUCUACUAUCACUUGAACCUCCUCAAGAUUAAUGGUCAUUAUGCUUCCCAUGAUAAUCGAGAGGACGCCAUAGAUUAUAUACCAGGAGUGGAUAGUAUAGAGCCCAAGGACUUACCCUCAUAUCUUCAAGCUCCAAAUACAAUAGGUGUGGCGGUGAGGAUGAUCUACAAGGCAAUAUUUGAGGAUGUGAAAGAAGCAGAUUUUGUUCUUUGCAACACAGUACAAGAACUUGAACCCAAAACCAUCUCAGCCCUUCAAGAGAAACAACCAUUCUAUCCCAUCGGACCAACCUUCCUCCUGAAUGGGUUCACAAAGACCACUGUGGCUACUAGCCUGUGGUCUCACUCAGACUGCACCCAGUGGCUCCAAUCCAAGCCUCGUGGUUCAGUUUUGUAUGUCUCAUUUGGUUCCCUUGCCUUUUGCAGCAAGGAGGAUCUUGCAGAAUUAGCCCAUGGGCUCUUGCUUAGUGAAGUGAGUUUUAUUUGGGUACUUCGUCCAGGUAUUUUAGGUUCUGAUGAUACUGAUUUUCUACCCGUUGGAUUUGAAGAUGAGAUCAAAGAUAGAGGAUUGGUUGUGCCAUGGUGCUGCCAAAUUUCAGUUAUUUCACAUCCAAAGGUUGGAGGUUUUCUAACACAUUGUGGGUGGAACUCUAUAUUGGAUACUAUAUGGUUUAACGUCCCAAUGUUGUGUUAUCCUCUGUUUACUGAUCAAAUUACUAAUAGAAAGUUAGUGGUUGAUGAUUGGAAGAUUGGGCUCAAUCUUUGUGAUAGGAAGCCAAUCAGAAGAGAUGAAAUCGCAGAAAAUAUCAACCGUUUGAUGAGUGGAAAAUCAGCCAAUGACUUGAAAAAGAAUAUGGAGAAAAUUAAAGAGAAGGUAGAGAAUGCAGUAUCCAGCGCUGGAUCGUCAGAAAAAAAUGUCAAGCAGUUUAUUGGUGAUCUUAAGGUCAAAAUUUCCCAAGUGGGAAGAUGAAGAUCCAUGAAUCAAAAUAGACUUGCACAAAGGAAUAGAAUGUUUGAGUGUUUUCCACUUCAGCUAAAGAAUAAAUCCAUCUGUAGAAGUAGCCAUUUUGUAGAAUUCUAUAGAAGUCUUCGGUUUUUGA